AUGGCCGAUGAAGACGCGCCACACGCCAAUGGCAACGGACACGAAGAAAAUGGUCAUGUACCGGAAAUUGAGCUCAUCAUUAAGGCUUCAACAAUUGACGGUCGACGAAAAGGAGCAUGUCUAUUUUGCCAAGAAUAUUUCAUGGAUCUAUAUCUACUUGCCGAGCUAAAAACCAUCAGUCUUAAAGUCACUACAGUAGAUAUGCAAAAACCUCCUCCCGAUUUCAGGAGUAACUUUGAUGCAAAUCCUCCACCGAUUUUAAUAGACAAUGGAAUGGCUGUUUUGGAAAAUGAAAAAAUCGAAAGACAUAUCAUGAAGAACGUGCCAGGUGGAUAUAAUCUAUUUGUGCAGGAUAAAGAAGUGGCCACGCUGAUUGAAAACUUGUACAGUAAACUGAAGCUGAUGCUAUUAAAAAAAGACGACGUAAGCAUAAAUAGUCUGUUGUCUCACUUGCGUAAGAUAAAUUUGCAUUUAGAGAAGAAGAACACGCGGUUUCUGACUGGUGACACAAUGUGCUGUUUUGACUGUGAAUUGAUGCCCCGUUUACAACACAUCAGAGUAGCUGGUAAAUACUUUAUGGACUUUCAAAUGCCGACCGACCUGAGGUACCUGUGGCGUUACAUGCUGCACAUGUACCAGCUGGACGCGUUCACCCAAAGCUGUCCAGCCGACCAAGACAUCGUCAACCAUUACAAACAACAGCAGAAUGUCAAGAUGAAGAAACACGAGGAACUGGAGACGCCAACGUUCACCACGUCCAUACCGGUGGAGCUCGACUUGCAGCAAGACGAAUAG